CUGAGGACCCCAGUAGUGGGUUCCGGCACAGCAAUGUGGUGGCAUUCAUCAACGAGAAGAUGGCCAGACACACAAAAGGCCCCGAGUUCUAUCUCGAGAAUAUAUCCUUAUCCUGGGAGGAGGUGGAAGACAAGCUCAGGACUAUCCUGGAGAACAGCGAGGUGCCCAGCGAGGUUAAAGAGGCUUGCACCUGGGGCAGCCUGGCCUUGGGCAUGCGCUUUGCCCACAGGCAGGCAGAAUUACAAAAUCACAGGGUGCAGUGGCUGCAAAACUUAGCCAAACUGCACAGAUCAGCUGCGCUGGUCUUGGCCUCAAACCUGACGGAACUCAAGGAAAAGCAGGAGAUGGAAUGCAAUGAGGCGACCUUCCAGUUGCAGCUGACCCAGACCAGCCUUGUGGAGGUGCAGAGAGAGCGGGACAUGCUGAGAUGGAAGCUCUUCCAUGCCGAGCUGUCAUCUCCCCAGGGUCAGGGCCAGGCUAUUGUGUUUCCAGGCCUGGCCACUGCUGGAGGGGCUUGGACAGGAGCAGAUGAACAGGAAAAAGAGGUGGCUACUGCCGGUGCUGCUAGAGAAGGAGAGGAGAGGUAUGCAGAGGCGGGGCCUGCCCUGGCAGAGGCCUUGCAGGGACUGGGAGGAGGCUUCAGGCAGCCUCUUGGAGUUGUGGAGCAGACAAAUUACACCUUUGGGGAAGGAGGAGGAAGAUCUCAGGUCAGUACAAACAGCCGUGUCUUAUUUCGCUGGGCCUGGGUCCACAGCCUCACUGGAGCCUAUUCCUGUCCAGCUCCCUGCCUCAUUCACAUACUCAUACUCAUACGCAUGCCCUUUGUCUGCUUUCUAAGCCAUACCCACUAUACCCCCUCCACCAGCAAUGGUCAUAGUACCGGUUCCAACCCAGAUGCCUUCCAAUUGGGGGUCCUCUGAUGCUAGCCUGUGGUCUGAUGUGGGGACCCAGGGAAUAGACCCUCAAGAGCCCCCAAGAGACAGGAGAGACUCUGAACCCCAUCAGCAGAGAAGACCUCCAGUAUAUCUCAGGCCCUGGGACUGGGACUGCCCGUGGUGUAAAGCUGUGAAUUUUUGAUGGAGGGAAAAUUGCUUCCUCUGUGGGAGGCUAAUCUGGCUGCAAAAGCCUCAGUAAAUUGAGAAAUGUAAAA